GGCGCGCUCCUUGGCACCCACUGGAGUACUCAGCAGCCGCGCCUCCCCUCCUUGCCUCCUCCUCCUCCUCUCCCUCCACCUCCGGCUGUGGCCAGAGAGGACACGUCAGUGGACAUAAAUAAAUAAAUAAUUCCAUUCACCCAGUGGCAGCGAGGCAAAUCGGCUACGACUAAGAGGGAACGGAGGGCUGCAGGGCCCACCCAGUGCCGGAGACCAGAGAAAGGUGGAAAGAGGGAGAAGGACGAGGAGACAAACAUCAAUGUGUGAGAAACAUCAGUUGGUUGCCUCUCUCACAUCCCUAAUCCGGGACCUGCACACAACCCAGAUAACCGGAGUCCGCUCUAUCUCUCAUCCUCUGUGUCACCUUCAAAUAGCACGUCUGAAGGAAUAGUGACUGGGCCUAACUGUCCCACGUGUAAACCAAAGAAGUCCGUUCAAGUGGGGAUCAGUCAACAGGUUACCUGAGAUUCCAAGAGAAGAGCAGAAAUGCCGCCACCUGCAGGUGGCGCACCACUGCAUCCACCUCCUGAUGGAGGAUGGGGCUGGGUGGUGGUGGUUGCAUCUUUCAUCUGCAUUGGAUUUUCAUACGCCUUCCCCAAAGCCAUCACAGUGUUCUUCAAAGAAAUCCAGCAUAUAUUCAACACUACCUACAGUGAAAUAGCAUGGAUAUCAUCCAUCAUGCUGGCUGUUAUGUAUGCAGGAGGUCCCUUAAGCAGUAUUUUGGUGAAUAAAUACGGCAGCAGGCCAGUGGUGAUGAUGGGAGGCUUAUUAUGCUCGGCGGGAAUGGUCGCAGCCUCGUUUAGUUCCAGCGUGAUAGAGCUCUACCUCACUGUCGGGUUCCUCGGAGGUUUAGGUCUGGCCUUCAACCUGCAACCUGCCUUAACCAUCAUUGGCAAAUACUUCUAUAAAAAACGGCCAGUGGCAAAUGGACUCGCCAUGGCAGGAAGUCCUGUUUUCUUAAGUACAUUAGCUCCUUUCAAUCAGUUCCUUUUUAAUACUUUCGGCUGGAAAGGGAGUUUCUUGAUUUUGGGAGGGAUAUUGUUGAAUGCCUGUGUUGCUGGGUCCCUCAUGAGACCCGUUGGACCCACAGAAACCGCUAAGUCAAAAACUAAGGUUGGCGUGACAGCACCUGAGGCAAGUGUGAAGAAAAACUAUCAGAAGACAUCGAUAUGGAAAACCAUUGAUAAAUAUUUUGAUUUCUCCCUUUUCAAGCAUAGGGGAUUUUUGAUAUACUUAUCUGGAAAUGUCAUUAUGUUCCUAGGAUUUUUUGCCCCUGUUAUAUUUUUGGCCCCAUAUGCUAAAGAUAAGGGAAUUGAUGAGUAUUCUGCAGCCUUCUUGCUGUCUAUCAUGGCUUUUGUUGAUAUGUUUGCGAGGCCUUCUGUAGGACUUAUUGCAAACUCCAAACUCAUUCGACCUCGAAUCCAGUACUUCUUCAGUUUUGCAGUCAUGUUCAAUGGAGUGUGCCACCUCUUGUGCCCGUUGGCACAGGACUACACGAGCCUGGUGUUUUAUGCUAUAUUUUUUGGCCUUGGAUUUGGGAGUGUCAGCAGUGUCCUCUUCGAAAGUCUCAUGGACCUUGUUGGUGCUCAAAGAUUUUCCAGUGCUGUGGGACUCGUCACAAUUGUGGAGUGUUGUCCAGUGCUUCUUGGGCCUCCUCUUGCUGGUAAAUUGGUGGAUGAAACUGGAGAAUAUAAAUAUAUGUAUCUGGCCUGUGGAGCUAUUGUGUUCUUAUCAAGUGUGUGGCUGCUCAUUGGCAAUGCUAUAAACUAUAGAUUGCUUGCAAAGGAAAAGAAAUUGGAAGAAGCAAAGAAAAUUCAUAAGCCUGUGUUCAGAGAAUCUGAACCCUUGAGGCAGUCUAAAGAAUGUGACAUUAAUAUCAAAAGUACGAGAAGAGCGAGUCAUCCCUCAGAGAGAGAAACUAAUAUGUAGCAAGAAUCACAUCUCUGAUUUUAGUGUUUAUAACUUUUGUAGGAGUGUUUUUUCCAAAAUAUCGGAAAGGAUUUUAGUUGAAAUAAAACUCCAUAAUUAAUAAUGGAGAUGAGACUUUUCUCAGUGGCAGGUCUUAAGUAUUUCUUUUGAAAAAUUUAUUUAGGCAGUUAGACUUGAGAUCAUGCAUAUAAAGAAUCAAUGCAAGGGCUUUAUUUCUGGCUCUGGUAAUUAAAAUAACUUUCAACUCUUCCAGUGACUUCCAGUCUUGAUCAUAGAGAUCCGAAUUCCUAACCCCUGGUUGAAGUAGUCAGGACUACGUUUAAUCCUGUAAGAAUUCCCUCUCCACCUUUCUUUUUUAUCUGAUAUUGAAGUGUGAAAUGGAAUUAAAGAAAAUGAGUUUCCACUUGCAGUCUCUGGAGAACAAGACAAAUAAGUUCAAAAGGAGUAUCACUAGCUACUUUUUUUACCUAAAAAAAAAUCCAUGCAGAAACAAGUGAAGUGCAUUAUAUCUGUGUACUACUGUGCAACGUGGAUCUUAAAGAUAAGAACACGGGUGAAAAUGAGGUGAUCUUAAUUUGAAAAUACAGCUAACUGAUGUAAAAAAAGCAUUUGCAUACGUAAAAUAAAAUUGAAAAAAAUACUCCAUUUAAAACCAUUAUUUCUGAACAUUGUUGGAUUUGAUUAAUCCAUGCACAUGAUUUCUUUGAAAGGACCAUUAGUACCUGGUGCUAGAAAAUAGAAUCCUCAAAUAAUUUUGAGAAUUUUUACCCAAUGUGUAAAUUAUAUUAAAAGCCUGAAUUACUCUAAGCAAUAAGCUAUAUCCAUUGACUUUAAAAAGGAUUUUUGUUAGUAAUCCAGAAAGUAAUAACCAGGGAUUCAUUUUAACCAGAACUCAUACUGAAACAUCAAGUGGAAUCAGCCUGAAUCCUGGUAGACAGUCUUACAGAUAGGCCAAGCUGUACAUUUCCCAACAUGUAGUAGAGAUCAGGGGGUUAGUAUAAUCAGUGAUCUAUCUGGGUAAAGCUAAGAAUAUGAGGUGCUUAUAAUAAACCCUCUGAAGUCUCAUCCUCCUCCCUUCCCCAAAAUGCAAAAGCAAAAAACCAAAAUCACAAAUAGGCUUUUACUCACCACUGAACAUGCCUCAUUAUAAGAAUGGCAGCACUUGAAAAUUCUGCUUUCUACUAAUUGACUUCCUCUGAACACGACUAAGCCAGGAGACUGUUAAAAACAACAAUAACAACAACAACAACAACACAAAACCUCUAGGUUUGAAGCCGUGUGACUUGUUAAACACUUUGGAGGUGCAGGGCUCGUGUAUAACACAAUAGCAAGCAACUUGCAGUAAGGCAGCCAGAUUGACUUAGCAGUUUCUUAUUUUCCUAACUAUGUGAAAACAUCUGGGACUCUGAAUCACUUUCGAAUACAGUGGCAUAUGAUAGUUCUGCUUUUUAAUCAGGAAGGAAAUUGUGCAUUGAGACUAAAGUUAUAAAUAUUUAAAUACGUCUACAGAUCUGAAGUUUAAGAUCAUGGUUAAUAAAAAUCAUUCAGUGCUUGAUUACUGAAGUGUCACUCUGAAGAUGGCAAAAGGAAUUUGCUGUUCUUCUUUUCUUUUAUUGCAGUAGAGGCAGGUGCCAUUCUUAUUUCUAAUAAGAUUGUCCCUGGAUACAAGCUUUUGUGAUACUUAAUAUUAAGGAUUUGCUUUGUAAAAUGUAUUCACGGUUUAAGCAGUUAUAUAACAUUCCAUAUUUCAUUUAACAUUCACUUUUUGCCUAUGAAAGAGUUAUUUAUAUUUUUCAAAUAUUUAGCAAAACAAUAUGUGCCAAUACCAUAGGUAAAUUAAUCAAGGAGAUGUGGCGUAUACACUGAUUUUUUAAAUUCAGUUUUGUCCAAUCUUGAAUCCAGUCUUGAAUGAGCUAUUUUCAUGUCACUGAUUCAUCAUAAGAAAUGCAACAUCAAAAAUUAAUAGCUCGACAAUCUUAAACAUUUCCAAAAAUGUCUUAAAUUCUCAGAAGGUAAUAUUUAAAUUAACAUAGGUAUCAGACUGGGGGGAUUAAACAACGAAGUAAAUAUCGUGGGGUUUCGAUCUAAGGCUGCAGUUGUUUUUAUCACCCACUGGUAGAGACACACUGGUGUGGUGGAGGCAUCCCGGUGGCUUUCUCCACGGAAGGAGGUUCAUGUACAUACUGAUACAUUUCUUAUUAAAACCAAUUCACAUUUAUUCUGUGCUCAUUUUCAUUAUCUUUUCAUUUCUGACACUGAUUAUAAUAAACUGUUAAAAAUAGAAAAGGGAAGGGAAAUUAUGCAAAGCACAGGAUAUGAUAUAUAUAGUUGUGCCUGGUAGCAAUGAUGCACAGUUAUAAAUACACACUACACACAAAUUCCCAGACAUAAAUGUGGAAAAUUCAAUCAGAACAUACUUGAAACAGCCAUGUGAACUCACAUACAGGACUCAGAAUUGUUCCAUGAUAAAAUAAAAUGUUCUACUGGUUCACUCUUCCCACUCCCUUACACUUGUUAAAAUAUCCAAUAUUUGUUGCUUUAACUGAAACUUUCGAAGAUUGAAAAGAGAAUAUCACCUUAGAAUAUUGAUUGUUAAGUAGUCACAUCAGUGGAGGAGGAAGUAGAGCUGGCUUCUGUGUCUGCAAGUGUUAGUGCAGAAUAUAUUUCUUCCCCUAAGAAAACUAUAGGAUUUCGAUGUUUAGGAAGCAAAGUCAGAGAACACUGUUAACCCUCUUCAAUCCCAUUCCCCUGUUAUGGAAUUGGAAAGAAGGAAGAUUAUCUUAAACCAGGGUAUAACAUAAUUCACAACCACUGGCUAGUUUAUUUUUCCAUUUGUGGUAACUGAGCACCCCAUAUUUUUCACCAUUUCAGCUUAAAUAUGCCUUUACUAAUUUAUGAGUAGAAUAUUGGGUAUACAUUUGUCCUGUGUUAUCCCCACCCUCUCUCCUGAUCCUUUUUAGAUCCAACAGCACAAAUUUAAGAGGCAAUGAGUCAGGCUCUUAUGUACUUUAUGUUGGAAAACAUGAUGUUUUCUCAAUGUAACUUCACAUGGCUCAUAACUUUCACUUCCUUAGGACAAAGUUCCAACUACCUGAUCUCCACUCCCUUCCCCAGACACCAGGGAAUAAGUAAAAUCAUUAGGUUUGAUACACUUGAAUGUGACUUUAGAAAUGUAGGCAUUUUUUGCUAGAAAAAUAUACCCAGAAAAUAUACCUAGCAAAAUUUUUUGCUAGAUUUUUUGCUAGGUAUAUUUUGCAUCCUUCUCUGGCUGCCCUUGGCAAUUGAGGAUACAGAAAAAAAGACCACAAAAAAACAGACACAAAAGAUGCAAAAAACAGGGGGAUCUCUAAAACACAGAAUCAUCUUUGGGAGGGCGAGCCCCUGGGAGUACAGGCUUCUCUCGUGAAGUGAGUGUUCUAGGAACCCACCUGGAUAAUGUACGAGAUGAAGUUGUGAGAGAGGCUCUAUUCAGCUUCAGCGAAAUUUUUUUUGAGACUCAGUGCACUUGCCCAUUUCAUAGUGGCUGACUUACAAGCACACCUGCCUGCACCACGCUGAGAGUUCAGCAGUGUUUGACCACAAAUGACAUGACCCCCAUAUCCCACCCUCCCUAUUCACCUGAUCUCGUGAAUAGUCACCCUAUUCACUCAGAGUGACUUUUUGUUUUCCCAGAUGACAAAAGUCCUCAAAGGGAAACAUUUUGCCUUUGUGGAAGAAGUGAACCAAAAAAAAAUGGCAGAAACACUAAAAGGCAUUAAAAUUGAUGAGUCCAAAAACUAUUUUGAGGAGUGGAAAAACAGUAUCUCAAUAGGUGUAUUGCAUCAAAUGGAGAGUACUUUGAAGGUGACUGAAGUUUAAACAUGUAAGAAUAAAUACACAACUUUCAUAAAUACUGGGGGUUUUUUUUGGUCCCCUCCGGUAUGAUAUAAGUUGAUGUUUUAAAAAGCAGAGUCACCUUUAAUCAGUUAGUUGAAACUUAUUUUCCAUCCAAAAAAUACCUUUCCUAAAAAAAAAACUCUCUCAUUCGUUUAAUAUUUCAGACUUUUAAUAAAACAAAAUGAAAAGUAUGGCUGUUAGGCUCAAUUUAAUAGGGAGCGAGAAUGCAAAGUGGGAAAGGAACUAGUAUUUCUGUAUUAUGCAUUUUGCCUGCUUAAUACCUUUUGAUAUUCAAACCAAAUCACAGAUGGAGGCCGAUGCUGGCCUGAUAUAAUAGAUGACUGAAACAAAAUGAAAAACAGACAUGCAAAGAAAUUCAGCAAAUCACCGACGUUAAAAGGCAGAAUCCAAACUAAAACUCAGGUUUAUCUGAAAGCAGAAAGAGUCCGUAGGGUGUCACUGCCGUGCUUCCUCCUAAUAGAAGCCAUAGAGGCAAAGCUAUGAUACAAUAUAGCCACAAAAAACUCAAAAGUUAGGUGGUAAACCAACUAGGUUUAACUUCAGUUUGUGUUAUGAUUUAUAUAGUGUUUAUUAGAGACUGCAUUUGGUAUAACCUGAAUACAUAAUUUCAAGUUGGCUGCUUUUCUAGUCAAUGCACAUUAUCCCAAAUUACGUUAAUGAUUAUAUAAUAUCCAUAAUUGUUUCAAUUAUGGACUUUUUCAUAAAAAUAAUGACAUAUUUUUAUGAAUCGAGCAUAAUAUAUUUUCCCUGAGGUUAGAUUUAGAGAGAAAUGCUAUUUUCUUUAUGGAUAAGUAAUCCCCAUAUUGUUUGUUACUUAUAAUGACUCAAGAAUUAAGAGAAGUUACUGGGAAACAUUGUUUUCAGAAUCACGAUACCCAUUUACACGAUACCCAUUUACAGGAUUAUCCUAAAUUGCCAAAAAAUAACUUUGAAAAGUUUAUGUCGUACAAAUGAUCAGGUUCACCUAUGCAAUACUUAUUCAUCCCCGACAUUUUAUGCAGUGGCCCCGACCUCCUGACUCAUUUUUCCAGUUUUUGUAGACAUCUGCAUUGUCAUCCUUUCUGUACACUUGUUUGAACAAGUGCCAUUGCUAUUUCCUCUAAUUCAAGACUUUUGGCAUCCUUAGAAUAUUGUUCUGCUUAGUUUUCUUUCAGAUGGUGCGCUUUGAAUGACUUAAAUCCUUCACAAUGUCACCAUGCUGCAUCUGGUCUUAUUUGUGAUUCACAACAAUGGCCGUAUUUCUGAGGCCAACAGUGUAUACUUUUGGCAAUUACUAUUCAUCUCCACAAAUAAAGGAACUUGUGUGAAUGUGGAAGCAAGGCUUCCUGGAUAUGGAAGGUGCAUAUAUUCUAGCUUUUUUUGUUAAUAUGUCUUCCUUAUGCAUGAUACAUAUAUACUUGAAUGCGAUUUUUAAAAAUCUAUCACUAUUGAUCUUUCUGUCUUAGGCCCUUGCAAUCCUGUAUGUUUCUAAUUUUCUUAAAGUGCCUGACAACUUGGAGAAACCAAAGUUACCAUCAAGCAUAGCACCAUAGCAUCCGUCCUGUACUGAUACAGCAUACCCAGCAGUUCACUACACCAAACGGCAUCCAAAUUAUUGAGAUAAAAGUUGAAAUUAGUCUUUACUCAUGCCACUUUUUUAAAGUUUUGAUUUCUACAUAUCCUGGUAUAUGAUCUCAUGUUUGAGAAAGCCGAGAGGUCUAGUUAUCUGUAAUUAUAACAUUUAUAUAAUCAAAAUCGUAAACUAUCUUUGUUGAUGAUUAAAAAUUGAAUAAUAUGCUGAGCUCCUAUCACAUUUCUGUUCUGGCAUUCUCUUCUUUGCUGUCAACAGUUUGCACACAGUAGGUGUUAACCUGCAGGGUUCUGCAGUCUGGUUUACUUUGGUCUUCUGUCCCCCACUGCUUUUCGUUCACAUUAUUUGAUUUAUGUUCAGCCCACGAAAGAAUUAUUGGGGUACUGUCGAGAGUUACAAUUUUAUAUCCCUGCCUUAAGAGGAAAAGUAAAAUUGCAGAAAGGCUUUUUAAUUUUAGUGGAACAUGUGGGAAUUUUUAGACUACAUCCUUUCUCCCAUCUUAAUUCCACCCUACUUUACCUUCCUCUUUUAUCUGUACAAUAAUUUUUUUAAUUAUUGUCUUUCAAUAGUUUUUUACAGUGUCUUGGUCAAAUUCUUUAGCAUUUUAAAUCUAAUUGUGGACAUUGUUAGUGUAGGAUUUUUUGCAUGAUCUCCAUAUUUUUCAGUCUUCAGAAGUACUUACUAGUAUGGUGUGCUGAAUAUACUGAAUAUUUACAGUAUUUCAGCAGGUGUUAUUCAGUGAUUUUAAACUCAUUAUCUUUUCAGCAAAUAUUUUUCCUCACACAGUAUAACAAGCUCUUUGCCCUUUAAGUUCAAAUAUGGCAAAAUUGACUAGAGAAGCUCUGUAUGAAAACACUGGUACUCAAUAUGGUAUCUAGGUGUACAUCUGUAAAAAGUUCUGGUCAGAUGAACAAAAGAAUGGAAUUCUUGUCUCACAUGUAUAUCAGGGUUAAAUUUUAAAAUGUUCUUCUCAGACUUUUAUCCUAGGUUUGUUGUUUUACUUUGACAUGCAUCUAAAGAAAGGAUUUUUAAGUUUGACCCAGUUUACACAGCUGUUCAUUAAAGUAGAGCACACAUUUCUGAUUUUAUUUUUCUACCACAUGUUAUUCUAAGUAAAGUAUAAAAUAUUUCUGGGUUUAGUAAGGAAGGACAUGUAUACUGAACUAUUUAUUUUCUAGGCAUUAUAUAUAAUUUUUGUUUGUAUUGUAUUUUCUUUUUAAUGUAUUUAUGUUUCAAAGAUGUGCUUAAUUUGUGUCAUCUUCUCAACCCUCUAAGUUAGGUUUGUUAGAUAUUCACAGUUUUGCAAAAAGAUGCUGGAACAGGCUGAGUUGAGGGCUCUGUAUAGUCACAUACCUGUGCUACCACUAGACGACUGCGUGGGCCGCUGCUUGCGUGGUGGUAAACUCUGCUGAGUGAGUGCUUGCUUUACUGGAAAUGUAGUCCAACUUAUCUGGAACCCUUUGUUUCCAAAUGCAUUUGUUUCUCCUAACUGAAUGGCGCUUCACAAAGUUGUGCUUUUAAAUUUAAUUUGAAGACUAUUUGCUGAUUCUCACAACAGAUAAUUCUGAGUAAAUUAGUCAUAAUAACUAGGGGAGAUGAAUGUUUUUGACCAAUACUUGUUGUUAUAGCAAUAUGUAAGUCAUGAAAAUACCCAUUGAUAAUGUGUUUAUAGAAUCUGUGUGUCAGUUUUCCAUUAAUUCCUUUCCUUAGCUUAUGUUCAUAAUGUUAUUCUAGAAGCCUUAGUCACUUUUUUAUUUCUGAAAAGUAUAAUGCCACAGCACAGAACACACAAUACAAAUUUGUUGAAUUACUAAGUCAUAUGCAAGAAACUAUUGCCAUUGUAUAAUCUUGAGGAGACACCUCAACAACAUUUUUUGACCUAAGUAGCUGCGGAUGGGUUAAUAAAAUAAUUAGUAUAGGCUCUAUCUCAAAAAAUGUUUGCUUUUUAAAUGGUCAUUCACCUAUUAAUACUAAGCUCUCUAAGAGUUGUCCUGCAACAGUAAAACCAGUUUCUUUUAUCUUAGAGAUCCUGUUUACCUUUCUUCUUACUUUAUCUAGAUAGAAAUCCUUUCUAGAUUUUUUUCCUUUUGAUUCCAUUGCAGUAAAAAAGAAAUUACUCCUAAAUGAAAGAUCCCUAAAGGAGAAUACUUGUUAUUCGGAAUUUGCUCUGUGAAAUGUAAAAACAGUCAUCUGUACUCAGUAUUUGUUGCUUAGUUAAUCAAGGAUAUUUACUCUAAGAACACCCUUUAAUAAAAGUUUUGAUAAACAGAUGUGUCACAGUAAAGUCUUUCACAAACAGGGCCCUAAUUGCAUUUGCAGUCAGUGAGGCCCUUCGUUAGAUUCAACCAAACUGAUGUUUGUGGACUCUGCGCUGUCAGCGUGACCCGUGACCCGGCAGCAGUGAGUGCAUCAGCGGGAUAGCAGCUCCUUCACCGUAAUGAUGGUAAAGAUGAGAUCAGCUACAGCAAUGCAUACACUGUUUAGAAGAUGAAAGGGCAGGAUCUUUCCAUUUAUUGGCUAAAAUUUACAUUUGAUUCGAAGCUUUUCAUUUACAAGCACUUCCCUCCAAAUGCUUGAAAAUAGUGUGCUAAUAAUUUCCAGAGUGAAUGAUUCCUAUUUUUGAGGAACUUUAGAAAACAUUUUAUUUACUACUUGUAUUAGUUUAAAAAUAUUUUUUCUCAUGCCAUUAUUACAUUUGUGCAAGUAUUGAAAGUAAUAUUAUUAGGAUAAAGGGUACAUGUGAUGACGUGUUGCGCAUAUCGAUACGAGACUUCUUGGCUGCAGCUGCACCUAGCUAACUUUUGUUAGAAUUCUUUAGGGGUUGGAUUUAGGGGUUAAGCUGUAUAAUUUUUUUAAGUAUAAUUAUAUCUUAGGCUGUAUUUUUAUGAUUUUUAAAUGAAAAGAAAUUAAUGGAGUCAAUUUGUUGGUUCUUUACAUAUCUUAACCACCACUGAACAAGUGAUCAUAGUAUCACUUAGACUAUCAUCUUACAGUUACUAACAUAGUGAAAUUGAUAGCUUUUCUGGAAACCUGAGAUAAUCCAGUCAGUAUUUUUUUACAUAAUACAAAUCAUGGCUAUGCUAAUUUUAUUUUUUAAAUUGCAAUAAUAAUAAAAAUCAAUGUAAUUAAAUACUUUUUAAAGUUAAAACAUAUAAGAUAGAACCUUCCACUUUUUGCCUUCUUACAGGUGAAUGUACUUAAAGUGAUUGUGAUUUGAUCUUGCAAUACAUAUUUCUGUUUUUUUAUAUAUAGUAAUUCUAAACUUGGCAAGAACUGGCAUUUUCAUACAAUACAUAUUUUUGGUUUUAACUGAAUACAACAUAGAUUUUAUUUAACUCGGGAAUAUGUUGUUGGUGGUCAUUUUAAGAUUAUAUUCCCUUUGAUAUGUACCUGCUCCUUUAUUUGUAAGCACAUUCAUUUGAAUAACUGAAGCAUUUAACACAACUUUCAUUUAUACUACUCUGUUACAUUGACAUAUUGUUUUAGAAAGGUCUUUGUUGUAAUUUCUAAGUUUCACUACCUAAUUAAUCUGAAACCAAAUGUUGGAUUUUUCUGUGGGGGUAUAUUUUGCCAGCAGUUGUGAGCAUAUUUUCAAGUUUAUCUCUUUCUUAUUAGACUGUGAGCUCCUUGUGGACAAGGAUAUAACUUUAGUUACAACAACAAUUUUGGUGCCUAGCAAAGCGCCAGGCACAGAAUAAUUUCUUUAUUGAGAUAAAUUGAUGCCACUAGAUUAUUAAAUUAAUACUGUGCUAUUCUAUGGUGCAGGCUGAAUGAUUAUUAGAAAAAUUAUUGGGCUAAUUUUCAAAGUAAGAUAUAGAAAAGAAACAUCAUUUUAUCUUGAAAUUGAUAGUUUAUUUUGAAGAUUUCAUUUUUAUUUCGUCAGUAAAUACUUUAUGCAAAUGCUGAAUUAUGCAGCAGCUAAAUGCAUGGUACAUAUUAACUAGUUUUAUUUUCUUUACAAAAUGAGAAAUGCUCUUUAGGCUCUCUGAAGAUAAACAUUGACAGUUAUUUUAUUGACCAAAGGUGCUACUUAUUUUCCAGUAUUUACCGUGAUCAUAAGUGCUCUUGUCUGCUGAGAUUUACUUCUUCUUUUUUUCAGGGGGCAGGGGGAGGAAUUGGGAUGUAUUUUUGCCUUAAUUAUUCAACUUAUGACUUUAUAACUUUCUUUGUACUUCAUUAUUAUUGUAAUUGAAUUAUUGUCUCUUACUGCUCACUAAUUUUUAUUGCUGACCUAUGCUGUUUCUUAUAAAGUAUGUGCAUAUAUAUUUACAUAAUAUGUAUGAGAAAGCUGUAUUGCUUAUGAAAUUAACACUACAAUGACAA